AUGGAGCCCCGAAGCAUGGAGUACUUCAGCGCCCAGGUGCUGCAGAAGGACGUCGGCGGUCGGCUGCAGGUCGGCCAGGAGCUGCUACUCUACCUCAACACGCCCGGCGCCAUCCCGGAUGUGGACGAGGACCAGGGUCGCCUGGGCAAGACUAUCGACGCGCUCACCGGCUGGGUGGGCUCCAGCAACUACCGGGUGUCAUUAAUGGGAUUGGAAAUUUUAAGUGCCUUUGUGGACAGAUUAUCAACACGAUUUAAAUCUUAUGUAGCGAUGGUUAUUGUAGCUUUAAUAGACAGAAUGGGAGAUGCCAAAGACAAGGUUCGAGAUGAAGCUGUGACUCUGAUAUUAAAGUUGAUGGAUCAAGUAGCACCACCUAUGUACAUUUGGGAACAGUUGAUUUCUGGAUUUAAGCACAAGAAUUUUCGGUCACGAGAAAGCAUCUGUCUGUGUCUUAUUGAAACCUUAAACAUUUUUGGAGCUCAGCCAUUCAUUCUCAACAAGUUGGUACCACAUUUGUGCAUCUUAUUUGGCGAUUCCAAUAGUCAGGUGAGAGAUGCUGCAUUAUUGGCCAUAGUAGAGAUUUACAGACAUGAGGGAGAGAAACUGAGGAUGGACCUUUAUAAGAAAGAUAUUCCCCCUGUUCGAUUAGAAAUGAUAUUUGCCAAAUUUGAUGAAGUACAAAAUUCAGGCGGUAUGAUUUUGAAUGUCUACAAAGAUAAAAGCUUUGAUGAUGAAGAAUCAGUGGAUGGAAAUAGGCCGUCAUCAGCUGCUUCAGCCUUCAAGGUUCCUGCACCUAAAACAUCCGGAAAUCCUGUCAACAGUGCAAGGAAGCCUGGUUCAGCAGGUGGCCCUAAGGUUGGAGCAGGUGCUUCUAAGGAAGGAGGUGCUGGAGCAGUUGAUGAAGAUGAUUUUAUAAAAGCUUUUACAGAUGUCCCGUCCAUUCAGAUCUAUUCUAGCCGAGAACUUGAAGAAACAUUAAAUAAAAUCAGGGAAAUUUUAUCAGAUGACAAACAUGACUGGGAUCAGCGUGCCAAUGCACUUAAGAAAAUUCGAUCAUUGCUUGUUGCUGGAGCUGCACAAUAUGAUUGCUUUUUCCAGCAUUUGCGCUUAUUGGAUGGUGCACUUAAACUGUCAGCUAAGGAUCUCAGAUCCCAGGUGGUUAGAGAAGCUUGCAUUACUGUAGCCCAUCUUUCAACAGUUUUGGGAAAUAAGUUUGAUCAUGGCGCUGAAGCCAUUGUACCUACACUUUUUAAUCUCGUCCCCAAUAGUGCAAAAGUCAUGGCGACUUCUGGAUGUGCAGCAAUAAGAUUCAUCAUCCGGCAUACCCAUGUACCCAGACUCAUACCUUUAAUAACAAGCAAUUGCACAUCAAAAUCAGUUCCUGUGAGGAGACGUUCAUUUGAAUUUUUAGAUUUGUUGUUACAAGAGUGGCAGACGCAUUCAUUGGAAAGACAUGCAGCUGUUUUAGUUGAAACAAUUAAGAAAGGAAUUCAUGAUGCUGAUGCUGAGGCCAGAGUGGAGGCAAGAAAAACAUUUAUGGGUCUCAGAAACCACUUUCCUGGUGAAGCUGAGACAUUGUAUAAUUCCCUUGAGCCAUCUUAUCAGAAGAGUCUUCAAACUUACUUAAAGAGUUCUGGCAGUGUGGCAUCUCUUCCUCAGUCAGACAGAUCAUCUUCUAGCUCACAGGAAAGUCUCAAUCGUCCAUUUUCUUCCAAAUGGUCUACAGCAAAUCCGUCAACUGUGGCUGGAAGAGUGUCAGCCAGUAGCAGCAAAGCCAGUUCCCUUCCAGGAAGUCUGCAGCGUUCACGAAGUGACAUCGAUGUGAAUGCUGCUGCUGGUGCCAAGGCACAUCAUACUGCUGGGCAAUCUGUGAGAAGUGGGCGCUUGGGUGCAAGUGUCCUGAAUCCAGGUGGAGCCUACAGGAGUCUAGAGGAUACUUUUGACAAGACGGAUGGAACAGCAUCUGAAGAUGAUCCAGUGAGAACAAAGUUUUCAGCACCACUUGUUGGCAUGGGAAGUGCUAAGACGGAUUCCAGAGGAAGAAGUCGAACAAAAAUGGUGUCUCAGUCACAGCCUGGCAGCCGGUCUGGGUCCCCAGGAAGAGUUCUGACCACAACCGCCCUCUCCACUGUGAGUUCCGGUGUUCAGAGAGUCCUGGUUAAUUCUGCCUCAGCGCAGAAGAGAAGCAAGAUACCACGGAGCCAGGGAUGUAGCAGAGAGGCUAGUCCAUCAAGACUCUCAGUGGCCCGAAGCAGCCGUAUUCCUCGACCGAGUGUGAGUCAGGGAUGCAGCCGGGAAGCUAGUCGAGAGAGCAGCAGAGACACAAGUCCUGUUCGCUCUUUUCAGCCCCUUGGUCCAGGAUAUGGGAUCAGCCAGUCAAGCCGACUGUCAUCCUCCGUCAGUGCCAUGCGAGUCCUGAACACAGGUUCCGAUGUGGAAGAGGCAGUAGCAGAUGCCUUGCUCUUAGGAGACAUACGGACUAAGAAAAAGCCUGCUCGAAGAAGAUAUGAAUCGUAUGGGAUGCAUUCAGACGAUGAUGCCAACAGUGAUGCAUCUAGUGCUUGUUCAGAACGUUCUUAUAGUUCUCGAAAUGGUAGUAUUCCGACAUACAUGAGACAGACAGAAGAUGUGGCAGAGGUCCUCAAUCGAUGUGCUAGUUCCAACUGGUCAGAAAGGAAAGAAGGCCUUCUGGGUCUGCAGAACUUACUAAAAAAUCAGAGAACACUGAGUCGAGUUGAGCUGAAAAGAUUAUGUGAAAUUUUCACAAGGAUGUUUGCUGAUCCUCAUGGCAAGAGAGUGUUCAGCUUGUUUUUGGAGACUCUGGUGGACUUCAUCCAAGUCCACAAAGAUGAUCUUCAGGAUUGGUUGUUUGUAUUGCUGACACAGCUACUGAAAAAAAUGGGUGCUGAUUUGCUUGGAUCUGUUCAGGCAAAAGUUCAGAAAGCCCUUGAUGUUACAAGAGAGUCUUUUCCUAAUGAUCUUCAGUUCAAUAUUCUGAUGAGAUUUACAGUGGAUCAGACCCAAACGCCAAGUUUAAAGGUAAAGGUUGCUAUCCUUAAAUACAUAGAAACUCUGGCCAAACAGAUGGACCCAGGAGAUUUUAUAAAUUCUAGUGAAACUCGCCUAGCAGUGUCACGGGUCAUUACGUGGACAACAGAACCCAAAAGUUCUGAUGUUCGGAAGGCAGCCCAGUCAGUGCUGAUUUCCUUAUUUGAACUUAAUACCCCAGAGUUUACAAUGUUGUUAGGAGCUUUACCAAAAACUUUUCAGGAUGGUGCUACCAAGCUUCUUCAUAAUCACCUUCGAAAUACAGGCAAUGGGACCCAGGGUUCCAUGGGGAGUCCUUUGACAAGACCAGCAUCACGUUCACCAGCUAAUUGGUCCAGUCCUCUUACGUCUCCUACCAAUACGUCACAGAAUACUUUAUCUCCAAGUGCAUUUGAUUAUGACACAGAAAAUAUGAACUCUGAAGAUAUUUACAGCUCUCUGAGAGGUGUCACUGAAGCAAUUCAGAAUUUCAGCUUCCGUAGUCAAGAAGAUAUGAAUGAGCCAUUAAAAAGGGAUUCUAAAAAAGAAGAUGGCGAUUCAAUGUGUGGCGUUCCUGGGAUGUCCGACCCAAGAGCAGGCGGUGAUGCUACUGACUCAAGCCAAACCGUUCUUGAUAAUAAAGUUUCCUUGCUCCAUUCGAUGCCUGCUCACUCCUCUCCACGCUCUCGAGACUAUAAUCCAUAUAACUAUUCAGAUAGCAUCAGUCCCUUCAAUAAGUCUGCUCUCAAAGAAGCCAUGUUUGAUGAUGAUGCAGACCAGUUUCCUGAUGAUCUUUCCCUUGAUCAUUCUGACCUGGUAGCAGAGUUGUUGAAGGAGCUGUCUAACCAUAAUGAACGAGUGGAGGAAAGAAAGAUUGCCCUCUAUGAACUCAUGAAACUGACACAAGAAGAAUCUUUCUGUGUUUGGGAUGAACACUUUAAAACAAUAUUGCUGUUAUUGCUUGAAACCCUUGGGGAUAAAGAGCCUACAAUCAGGGCUUUGGCACUAAAAGUUUUAAGAGAAAUCCUAAGGCAUCAACCAGCAAGAUUUAAAAACUAUGCAGAACUAACUGUCAUGAAAACAUUAGAAGCACAUAAAGAUCCUCAUAAGGAGGUGGUGAGAGCUGCUGAGGAAGCUGCGUCGGUGUUAGCCACUUCAAUUAGUCCAGAGCAGUGCAUCAAAGUGCUUUGCCCCAUCAUCCAAACCGCAGACUACCCCAUUAAUCUGGCUGCAAUCAAAAUGCAAACAAAGGUGAUAGAGAGAGUGUCCAAGGAAACUCUUAACCUGCUUUUGCCAGAGAUUAUGCCAGGUCUAAUACAGGGUUAUGAUAAUUCAGAGAGCAGUGUUCGGAAAGCUUGUGUCUUCUGCCUGGUAGCUGUCCAUGCGGUAAUUGGGGAUGAACUAAAACCACAUCUCAGUCAACUCACUGGCAGUAAAAUGAAGCUACUAAAUCUUUACAUCAAACGUGCACAGACAGGUUCAGCAGGAGCUGAUUCCACUGCUGAUGUUUCUGGACAAAGUUAGUGAAGCUGAUUGAAGUGAGCCGGGUCUCUCAAAGAAAGGACAGAAAGACCACACUCAUCAAUGAAAGGAAAAUUUCAAAUACAUCUUUUAGAACUUACCAUUGUUUCCCAGUUUUAGGUUUUUGUUUUGUUUUGUAUUUUCUGUAACAGAGGGCUAUCCUCAGUCUGCAUGUAACUUUUAUGAUAGUUAUCCCAAAUUCAAGAAGAAGCAGUAUUAACAUCAGUUGAUCAAUACAAAGGAAUUUUUAAUCGAAUUCAUCAUUUUACAUGUUGUACUUCUCUGUCUUCCCAUUAACCUUUGCCAGUGUUACAAUUGCACAAUUUUUUUUAAGUGCUGGUUAAACAGGAAUGCUUAAAGCUUUAAAAGCUUAACAGUCUAAAACUUUUUUUUCCCUUAUUCAACUGCAAAAUAAUUUUUUUUUUUUUUUUUUUUUUGCUACUUUGCGUUUUGUUCCGUAUCAUGUCCUAUGCUAGAAAUAUUGAAAUGAUGUGAAAACAAACCAGGACUUAUUUGAACUACAGCUGGACUCUGUUGUGUGAUGGUGAUAUGUCAUUAGUUGCAACUUUUUUGGGGUGAUCU